CUUAAAAAUCCUUAUGAUCACGAUCAUCUUCAUUGCGUUAACAAGUUGUACUUCUAAAUAAUUAAUCAACAUCAACAACGUCAAGAAGUAUGAUCUCUUUCUAGAGCCUACCUCUCGAUCUCUUUGGUUGUUUUCGAGAGGAGACGAGAGACCGAGAACUAUUUCGGAUCUUUAUUCGUGACACUGUGCAACAACAUGAUGGAGUUAGAAAUCAACGAUCCGCGACGUCAUGAGACCCGCAGGGAGAAGCAGAUGAAGAAGACGUUGAUUAAGAGAACAAUGAAGAAAGCUGGUAUCUAUCAGUAUCUUUUAAAAAAGAACUAGAACAAGGACUUUCGAAUUAGCUUUUUCAUCUAAGUUCUUCGGUGACGUUUUUUAGAACUAGUAGAUCUAACAUGAAGAUGAUCAUGAAAUAUUCUUCUACUAGUCAAACGCAAACUUCUAACCACUAUUUUAUUUACUACCUACCUCCUCUAAGUCAAAUGCGCGACGCAACACCGACUACGUCGCACAGCUUCAGAGGCGCAACUUCGAGAACCGAGAAAAGCAAGAGAUUCGUGCUGAAGAUGCAUUUUUUCCCUCAAUGGAUCGAUUGCCUGCCUACCCCAGUCCCAAGUCGCCUGCAACUGGUAACGGAACACUGACGCUCCUUUCUGAGGAAGAGGUGGAGGACGAAACGUCUGGCAUAUCUAGCACAUCAUGUGGCUGUUCGUCGGCGAGUGAGUCUGCGUCAAGAGUUACGGAUCGAUUUUCUUUAUUAUAAUAUCCUCGGUAGUAUUAUAAGUAUUAGAAUUUGUAGCUUAGUUCUGCCCCACCAGUCACGCUCACCUGUGACUUCACAACAUGCUGUUGAACGUGAUAUACCAGGAAUCAUCUUCAUCUUCAUCUUGUUGAUUUUUCUCAUUAUCAGGGGUACUAGAAUAACCAUACGUGAAACUCUUGGUCAACAGCGAGCAGGGGUUUCGCGACUCACGCCCAUCGGAAUAAUGAUUGAUGAAGAAACACUACAACAACAUGUACAUGCUCUUGCAGCUUCAUCUUCUAAGGCAUAGUUGUCCGCUUCGUUUACCGCGGGUCGUCGGGGACUCUCACUGCGGGAGGCGCCUGAUCCUGAAACUGUGGCAAAAGAAGACCGAGAGUUGCGGUUGCGAGAGAUUUACCUGCAAAGAGGAAUUGAGUUUCCUACUCAUCUGCUAGGAGGGGCUCCCCUGGUGCCACAAAACAAGUUAAGAAAUAUGAUUUCAGUGUUGUGGCCUACCUCUCGGGGUUGUGCCGCUACGAAAAAGAUGGCAUUUCAUUCUAAGUACAUAUCCAGUGGCUACUUCUACAAUCUGCUUGAUGAGUUUCGGAAAAUGUAUGAGAUUUGUUCGUCUACUACCAUCAUGUGCGAUUACCAAUACUAUUAGAUGAUCACUUUUUACCAAGUAAAAGUCGUGCAGGUGCAGGACGAGUAAGAACUACUUACCUGGCUAUGUUGACCUCUAAAGAAUUCGGCGAUAUCCACCACCUCUUCUACGAGCGCGUCGGUGCAACAUUUUACCUUAGAGGACGAAGAGGAGGAGGAGGAGGAUAGUGAGAAAGCCGAAGAUGCGGAACCAUCGCCAACUGCGCAAACUUCUGCUCACAUUGGAGAUGGAGAGCAAGUACAACAAGCGGCAAAUGAAGCCGAAGACAAUGAUACAACGAAAAUAAAUGAAAAUAAACCUAAAAAUGCAAAUGGCGGGUCGAUGGUUCCUCCUGAUGCGUGCUCGCGGAGCUCUAGCUACAUCGAGUGCAAUAGUGAUGAUCUUCUUGAGCUGAAUACACCUAGUUGUAGUAGCAGUAGCACCGCGAGAACUGCAAAAACGGCUCAACUUGAAGAUCGGCAGGCGGAGGGUAGAGAGAUAGUUCUUGGUAAUUCCUCGUCAGCUUCAUGGGGUACCAGUACCACUUCCACUACCGGCAAGCUGCAGGCGGAAACGACAUCGGCCGGCGGUAGUACUGCAGCGAGCAGUACCACAGCCUCGUUGGCUUCUUCCUCAUCGUCAACGCCCAUCGAGGAGCAAAAGCGAAAGGAGGUAGAACCAGGAGACGACGUACUAGUCACAAGGCUCAACAACGGCCUGACUUCCAAUGCUGCAUCUUCAACGUCCAGUUCUUCGACUAGCAUCUCGCCCAGCAGUUCCUCCUCAAAAAUAUCCCACACGGCGGAUAGGGGCACGACGUUGAAUCAGCAACCUAAUAGACAGAAAAAUUCUGGCCCGCAUCAUUAUCCUCCUUCCACUACUUGUGCAUCCUCUUCAUCGUCAUCUAGCACGCCGUCUCUGCAAAGCGCUAGCGCAACAACACUGGAUCAUGUACUGGGCAACAAUCGCAGCAGUAGAUGUCCAGGCUCCGCCACCAACGACGUGUGCGACCCUUCUUUAAGACGAGUAUACGUACCAAAACUAGAAUUAGUAGAAAAAUUGUAAGUCAUCUACUAGGUUGUAAAUAUGUAGUUUCAUGGUGCUUGAUUUUGAUUUCUGGAUCUGGAAGACACAUUUUUGUUUCCCUGAAAAAGAUUCCAGAAUUAUUUUCCCGUCCAGUUGUAGUUAACAUCAAUUGUUACAACCUCAAGUAGUGGAUGCUGUUAUUUUUCCGUCCAUCAACAGGAAAUCUUUAUUGUGUUCCUAUCCAUUGGCAUUAGUUCGUUUCCGUUUGCAUGGUCUCCCACUUAUCGUUGUCUAAUUUUGCCAAUGUCUGAGUCUGGAGUCGGAGGUGGCUCACAUUUUACAUCGCCGGCGUCAUCGUACAAGACCCCCGUAUCCAUACAGGCAUCGCCUGCACAUCACGAAGUAGGGUUAGGGCUGACAACCACAUUUUUUGUAUCAUGAAGUUAGACAGCUUGCGUUCCUUCGUUCCGAGGGAAAAACGCUAGAAGCAGGUUGUUUCUUCAGAGUGCAAAAGCAGGAUAAUUUACUUGGUGAGCUGGUAUCUUACUAGCUACUUAGAUUACAAUUGCCGUCCGAACUUGAUUUGCAUCUUCCUUCGUGUGUGUUACUCGUCACCAAGAAGAUUCGUGAUCUAUGUUCACGAGCUCUAAGAAGAACAGCACCCGACGCGGAAGUUGAGGUCAUUAACAAUGAUGAACAACGCGGAUCCCCAAAGCAAGGUGAAAAACUUAAACUAGAUGAAGGCGUCACUGUGGACGUGGAAGACAGCGGAGUUGUGAUGGGAGCAGGCGUACAGAUGAUAUCUGGAGGCAAGAAAAAGAAACCCGGACAUCAGAGCUACAAGUGCACCACAAGUAGCAGUUAAGCGUAACGCAAACUCUUCUAGUUCUUCUAUUUAAUAUCUUCUUUUUCCACUCUUAAUCUUAUCACAACGACUCUUGUAAUUUUUUUAUUUUCAUUCGACUCUUAAUCUUGUUUUUAAUACCUCAGCACAAGGAAACGCUACAGCUUUUUUCCCUUGAUAAUCACAAAUUAUGCGUAAUACCUGUUCCUUGCCAGCUCAUUAAUGUGCUUAUUUGCUUAUACUGGUGUUCCUCAUCUUCUAAAAAAGUGUUAAAGGACCUCCGGGAGUGACGUUGUUUGAGGAGACGCAUCGCUUACCAAGUAUCGAGGAAGACCCCUGGUGGACAAAGCCGUAA